UAGAGUAAGGAGUCAUAGUUCAGAUUUAUAAUAGCCUCUUUCAAGAUGUGAGGAAUGACACUUUCAUAUUCACAAUGCAUGCAGGUUGCACGUUCCCUCUGAGUCUGUGUACCUGUGUUAUUUUCUGUUUUCCUUACCUAAUAAUACUUAGCCUUUAGCUGACGCUUUGCCUUUAAAGUCCAUCUUCUUAAUUUGAUUUUCAGUAUUGGAAUAAUUAUAUUAACCAAUAAAAUACAAAAUUAAGGUUGUUUGACCACUUCAUAUUUAUCAGCAUCCUUCUGCCCUUUUGAUUGUCCAGUCAGUAUCAUAAGGUUCUUAUGCUGCUGCUUUGGUUUUUGGUUUUGUAGUUGGCUUUCAUCAUCACUGUUCCGAGCAAGCUAGCAUUAUAGGCAGCAUUGCCGUCCGUCCCCUUUAUGGGUAGUAUCUGAUGGCUGAAUAUGGUGAUCUCAUAUCCAGGAAUGAACGGAACUCUGGGAGCAUUUCCUUAAAAUGAAAGGCUGAAGGCUCAAAUAGUCUCAGACUAUUUGAUACUCAAAUAUACUCAAAUACUCAAAUAGUUCAGAGCAGAUACACAGGUGACAAGCACACCGAAAUGGAGGUAUACGUUAGACUGCUUUUUAUUUUAAGCAAAAAAAGACAGAAUGAGAAUUAGAGUGGGAAGAUAAAUCUAGACACUUCAGACUACAAAUAAGGCUACAUGUUCAGAUGAUUAUCAGUUGGAAUACUUUGCACAGGGACCUGUUAAAUUGAGUUGCUAUCUUUAUGUUAAGACCCUAUUUUUUCCUGUUGCAUCAUGCAGCUCUGUUGGGAGUUAUAGUUUGAAGCAGGAGUAACUUGUGGGAGUAUGAGGCGGGAGUAACAUAGCACUGAUUUGUGUUAUGCAGGUAGUCAGAAAAGACUUAAGUCCACCCUGGCUUUAUCUUGAAACUGUUCUAGCUUUAUACUUACAGCUGUUAAGAAGAGUGAUAGUAUGGGCCUGAACUCUUUUUCCUCCCCCCACAUUCAUGGCAAUCCCUUUCAUUUUGGGAGCAGAAGCGUUGGAUGGCUAUGACAACAGCAGCCACUUUCACCCUCUAUACUCACACUUCUAUUAAUGUAACUUCUCCUGAGUGGUCAAAGACAGCCACGCUCUUUUUUUUUUUUUUUUUUGGACUAUGAGGAAGCCUCUGUUGGCAUGUCAGUGCUGGGGCCCCAGGAGAAGUAUGUCUGGGCCCUGACAUUAAUUGAAAGUCAGAAGCCAAAGCACUUUGGAGUUCUUUACAGAUCAGCAGGAUAUUAUUUAUUGAGUUGUAAUUGUAGCAUGACAAGCUUUUCUUCCAAAAAAACAAAAAAUGGCUAAAAUUAAAUUUGUCUCUAGUCUCAAAUAAUGUUCCCUACAGACAAUUGUCAAAUACUGAAUAUGAGCCCCUUCAGCUCAGAUUUCUCCCAACAUCAAGAGACUGAAGAAGCAAUCGUGUCCCUUGUUUUCUAUUUCUUUAUGGAUCUCAUGAAGACUCGUCUGACUUCUGACCAUGUUACAAUAGCAGGAUACCCAUAUACUUGCCUGCAUUCCACUCUGUUUCUAUUCGUAUGCUGAGGUGAUUAUAACACCCAGUUUAUAAGGAUUCAGAGGGUACAUUUGUAUACAUGCACAUGCUUUUUGGUUUAGUGCCAUAUUACACACAGUAAAUAAUUUCUGUAGCAUUUGGAAAUGAGCUUUAAUGGAGUCCAGAUAAUAAUCAGCAGAAUUGUUCUUCAGAAGGGGUGGGGUUAACUUUACAACAAAAAGACAAGCUUAGCUAUCAGCAGCCUUAAAAAGAAAGUCGGGCACUGUGUUAGAGGCAUCAUCCUUGUUCAUCACAUUGCUGCCUGAUUUGAUUUGUCCUUAUUUUGCCCCAAAACACGUAACUGUGUUAAAGUAAUGCUUAAGUGAUUACUGCCUUUGCCUAAUUUAAGGCUCCCCAGCCGUUCGGAAUGAACUUUCUCCGACAUUAUUCUGUGUGCUUUGAAUCUCUUCCCUUUUGAUUUUGCCAUCGUGAACCCCCAACUGUCACCAUUAAUGAGGACAGAUGUGUCACUGGCGUGAAACUGCUCUCAUUGUUGGUUCUUCUUUUCUUACAGCUCUCCCUCCCCUCAUGGCUCGUCGAUCUCAAAGCUCCUCACAGGGGGACAAUCCCCUUGACCCUAACUAUCUCCCCCCCCAUUACAAGGAGUAUUACCGCUUAGCUUUGGAUGUGCUUACUGAAGAAGGCAAAGAAAGUUACCAACGCUUCCUGGCAGAGGAAGCAGCCCCUGAUUUUCUUUGCAACUCAGAGGUGGAUCACAUCAUACAGAAUCUCCAGAAGCCCCAGUACGCCAAUCAGGAAGGUAGCACAGACACCACAGGUGACAAUGACAUGGAUGGAUCCUCUGGGACUUACUGGCCCAUGAACUCAGACCUCGCUGUUCCUGAGCUUGACCUGGGCUGGCCAAUGGUCUUUGGAUUCAGGGGGACAGAGGUAACAACCCUCGUGCAACCACCACCCCCGGACAAUCCCAGCAUUAAGGAGGAGGCUCGCAGAAUGAUUCGAGCAGCUCAACAGGUGGUAGCCAUAGUGAUGGACAUUUUCACUGAUGUGGAUCUGCUCUUUGAGGUGUUGGAUGCCGCUGCUCGCAGAGUGCCUGUGUACAUCUUGCUGGAUGAAAUGAACUCUCAGCUUUUCCUUGACACAGCUGCUAAAUGCAGAGUCAAUCUUAACUAUGUGGAGUUCCUAAGGGUGAGGACAGUUUCUGGCCCAACCUACUACUGCCGCACGGGGAUGUCCUUCAAAGGCCACAUGAAAGAGAAAUUCCUUCUGGUAGACUGCAUGGUGGUGCUGAGUGGCAACUACAGUUUUAUGUGGUCUUUUGAGAAGAUUCACAGAAGCAUUGCACACAUCUUCCAGGGGGAGCUGGUGGCCAGCUUUGAUGAAGAAUUCCGAAUUUUGUUUGCACAGUCAGAACCUCUUGUUCCUCCAGCCAACGUCUUGGCAAAGGCAGAGAACACAUUUGCCAUGACUCCCUUUGGCAAUAACAUGCCUUUCUUUCCAAAAAAAGCACCCCUGAUGUUCCAGAGGGAUGACAGUCUUUUUCCCUCCUUUAUGGACAGAGUUGAUCCAGACAGGUACUUCCUAUCAAAUUUCAGGCGGGAUGACAUGUUGCGCCAUACCGUGGAGGGGUCAGCCAUGCGAAUGUAUAAAAAGGUAGAAAUGGAGAAUUCUCAGAUGGAUCCUGUCAGGGGUUUUCUCCGUUCCAAGCAGUUGGAGUUGGAUGCUUUUAAGAGACACAGUUUUGCAGAAGGAACAUUUGAAAAUUUUGCUUCUUCCAAACAGUAUGCCAGGCAGAUGUUCAUGAACAAUAUGGAUGAAUUUAAAAUCCAGUCUAGUCAUUUUCAGAAGGAUCAGUUCUACCAGUACCAGUUUGAACAUCCCCAUCUUUCUGGAAGACCUCAGGGACUCUUUGAGAGAAUCCGAGGUGGCAGGCCAGGAUUCAAUGAGCUGGAAGACUAUGGAGAGGGACCCAGGUACCCUGAACUUGAAUCCAAUUUUCCACAGGAGGGCUUCCCCUUAAGGCUGGAUUACGUACCUUCAAAUUCUUCCAGGGAAGUGAGACAUGGCUCGGAUCAGCUGAAUCCUGCAGGCAAUGGCCCAAUGGGAAUGAUGUUAAGAAGGCAGAAUAUAGGACAGAAAUUUAUUUGCCAGACUUCACCUACACAGAAGCAAAGCCUGGAACAACGCCUGUUCUUCCAAGACAAAGAUGAGGACCAAGAUGAAGACAAGAACACACAGGAAAAUAGAACAGGUUUACGUAACUGGAGGAUUUCUUCAUACCUUAGCGCAUACCAGUCCGAACCAGAAGAAGGUCUUCCAAUGCCUAUGGAAUCAGAGGCAUAUAAUGAUGUUCUUGGGGAUACCCUCACAAAGCACCCCACUGACCUCAUCCCAGCAUUCAAAUCCCCUAUACCUUUUAAUAGCAAGUCACUGGGAAUUGACAGUGCCAAAGAAUUUGCAGAUCCUGACAGAGUAGGUGAAGAAACACCUAUAAUGAAACAAGAUGCCUUUAGGUCCAGGAUAAAUCCUUUGAUCCAGAGGAGCUCAAGACUCAGGUCCUCUCUGAUUUUCAGUGCUGCCAAGCUAGAUCAGCCUAACACCACAAUAGAAAAGGUUCAGAUGAUCCAAAAAGAACAAAUGUCCAGUGAGCUGACAAAAGACAAUGAAACUAUAAAGACAGCCACCUCAUCUAAAGUAGCAGAACUUUUAGAGAAGUACAAAGCUGUGGGCAAAGACACAGAACGAGCUACAGUCACUCAUACCAAAGCUGUUUCCAGUUAUCUACAAGAAGAAUCACAGAACACAGAGAAGAAAUGUACCAAAUCCGUGCAAUAUAAGAUUCUGGAGAGUAGGGUACUAGACUCCAAAGACUCCUGCAGUACUUACAGAGUGCAUGGAGAAGCAGACAGACCAUUUGGAAUGGCAUCAUCAACCCCCCAGCUUGCUGACACAUUGAGUAAAGAUCCCCUAGCACACAUUAGCACUAAGGUGGACAAAUUAUCAUCUCGGUUUUACCCCAUAGAGAAUAAACCUGCUCUUCCAGAAAAGGAGAGUCUUAUAUUUGUAGGAGACACUCAGAAAUUGACUCUUCCAGAGAAGAAGGAAAGAGUGACAUUCAAAGAUGACACUCAAAAAUUAGUCAAUACAGAACUGAAGAAACCACAGAUUAGGACAGGUACCACAUCAGUUCUUGAAAGUUUACCUAGAAGUCAAGGAUCUGACAGCUCUCUCAAUAAAUCUGAGGAAGACUGUUCAAAACAAGAACAAAAUCCAAUGGAAUUUUUAAGAAAAGGGUCACUACGGCUGAAGCAACUUUUGAACCCAAAAGGUGAAAAGAAAUCGGAGGAGGAACCCACUUCUGAGAGUGGAAAAUCUGACAAGCAGGCUGUGAUUCUCAAACGAUCUUCCAUAGGGGACUGUCAGGAAACGAUGGAGGAAGAAAAAACCCAUAAAUUUGCAACACCACUUCCUCCCAAAAGCAGCCAGCCAACACAGGGGAGAUUUCCUUCAUCCACAGCUAACAUCCUGUACAGUAGCAACCUCCGUGAUGAUACCAAGGUGAUUUUGGAACAAAUCUCUGCAAACAGUCAGAAGAACAGAGCUGAACUGGCCAAGCAACUACCAUCCACUAGUAACCCUGAUCUUUCUAAGUCAACUACAAGCUUAGAAAGGAAAGGUGAGAAGGAGAAAAGCUGUAACAUCCAUAGGUCAGAGAGUUUUGGGAGCCAGAAACGAAAUCUUCAGCGGCAACCAUCAGAGGAUAGAGAUACCCUUCUGAAAAAAAUGGAGAAUAUGCGGAAGGAGAAGCGAGUCUACAGUAGAUUUGAGGUCUUCUGCAAAAAGGAUGAACAUACAAGUCAAAGUGAAGAGGAGUAUGACACAGAUGCCAAAGACAAGAAGAUGGGAAAAUUCAUGCCCAAAAUCCUGGGGACCUUCAAGACCAAAAAAUGAUCAUACAAAUGCUAUUUAACUCCAUAUAAUCACUGACUGUCAAAGGGGAAUGAGGAAGUAACUUGUUUAUAAUGGCUAUAAGCACCAUAGGCAAUACUCUUCAUGGUUAGUAAGUGAAAAUGUGUUCAGCAUUAGACUCCUAUGGCACAAUUUGCCCAAUAAAGUCAUGUGGUAUCAAGCAACCUUAUCCCAGUAUAUUUCAAAUAAAAUUAUUAAAUUGCCAAGAUGCUUAAACCAAAGAAAUAAGGAAGAGUCUCUUUAUGUUGUGCUCAGGGAACAGUUUCAGCAGACAAAGCAAUUCCACUUUCAGAAGGAAAGAAUAUAAAUAGAAAAUUCAAUACUUGAGUUCAGUCCAGGAAAUAAAAAUACACACAGACACACACAGAGACGUGCAUAUGCAUUAACUGGAAGAAAUGUUUAAAAACCAAUUGUUUCUGAGGUACAGUUAUCUUUUGCUUGUAUCCAAUAACAAAUCAAAUAUGGGAGGCACCUUUUUGGAAGUUUACAGGAGAAAAAAAAUGUCAACAACUUUUUGCCAUUAUCUAUGAUUAUGGUCUUGUCUAGCAGUACAUGCUCAGCUUCCGUAUUUACCAUUUUCUAAGUUCUGUUUCGUUAUUGGUUUGUUUCUUUAUGUAUAAUGGAACUAUCGCUUUAGGGGGUGAGCUGAAAGCAGCAGCUGAAAGGCCAAAAAAGGAAACUGACAUGCAAUUAAUGGAAAAGGACCUGGGUUUUGGAUUCCUUUUCAGCCGAGUCAGGGGUUUAACUAAGCAUCUAAAAUACUGUCUUGGCCAAUUAGGAACUUCCUUGACAAUGUAACUGCCCGGGAAUGAUCAUUUGUCAGCACAUCUUUCCAUAUGAAUACAAGGAAAGAAUGGACUCGUAACAAUGGAAGGAAUAAAGGUACUGGAAUUUUCAAGCUCAGAAGUAUUUUCUCUCAUGUACCUUUCUUGUAGUAGUUUGGUACCAAGCUUAAACACGCAGCUUUAAAACAGGCCAGAGAAGGCCAUAGGUUCACGCUGUUGUGUUACAGUGUUUUGCAGGACAGAAGGUAGAGAGAGGCUGUCGAGAAAACACUGUACAUUGUAACAUACACAUACAUCGUUACUUAGCUGUUUGGGUUUUUUCCUCAGCUUGGAUUGUCUCUGCUUGGCAUCCAGCAGGAUUUGCCAAACUGAAUUAUUUUUUUUUCCUGAUCUUUGUGACGUUGUCUAAAGAGAUGACAGGGAAUAAUGCUCUCAUGUGGAACUACUGAAUUUCCCAUUCCCGUUAGCUUGGGUUUCAUGUUUACCCACUUGUGACACUAGCUGCAGGCUCACCAAACCAGUUCAGGUACGUGGCUGAUGGAUGGAAGCAAGAGGCUGCAUCAAUUCCUGAAGGUAACUUCAAUAGGGUCUCUAAAACUUGAGCUUUUUUUCUUUUUUUUUUUUUUUUUUUAGGAUGCCAGCUCCCAUGGUAGCAGGCUUUAUAUAAUUUAGCAGGCUUUAUAUAAUUCACGUAUCUGUAACAAUUAAUUAAUUUUACUGCUUGUUGAAAACCUUGGGAACUGAAUGUGUGGAAAGAUAGACUGUCUGAUCUGAAAAAAAAAAAAAAGCUGAUUUUCAUAUUAAUACGGAUGGCGGU